AUUCCAAAGUAAUAACGUCAGGCUCCAAAUCCUGAACUCUGGCCGGGUCACGCCAAAGGGAUCAGCCUCUCGAACCCCAUGCCAAGCCCGGGGGAUGACCAGCACCAGGGGGCGUAAUGGGAAGCAUGACGAAUACCAGCAAACAUUAACACCAAAAGAUCCAUGGAUCUUGCAUUUCAAGUACCUGGUAAAUCUACACACUUGACCGGUUUUGUCUUUUUGUGGAAAUAAUUAUUUGACAUUUACUGCCAUCAUUUUCCUCUCUCCAGAGAAGUAGGCUACAUGAAAUAAAAAUUACUCAGCCUUAACGUCAUAGUGCAAUGCUGCCACCUCGCGUUAUAUUAUAUAUCUCGUAUAUUGUGUAUAAAUAAUUACUACUACUUAUUGCAUUCUAUUUGUUGGAGUUUUCUGAACCAGCCCAGAAGUUGAUUUUUUUAUUUUGCUGUGGAUGUUUAUUCGAUUAGACAAGGCAAAAUACAGUAAAGGCAUUACAAGUGCCCAGGACACUGUAAUCGGGCAUGCUGUCGGAGAAGCCGCAGCAUUGUGUUUGAUGUACGCGCUUUUUCAUCAAACCUUUGAUUAUAAUUAUACAUACCGGAGUGCGGGUGAUUCCCGUAAAGCGUGCCGGUCCCCGGCCCCACGGCGCGGCUCCACCUCCCACGACACGCCGUCCUCCGGUCGGGGCGCGGACCGCCGCCGCCUCGUCUGCGCUACGAUCUGCUGGAUCUAGUUCGCCUCUACGCGCACGUAUUUCCCCCGCAGCGAUCUGCACCCCACUGCCACAUGGCUUGCAGUGAGGAGCCCUCCGCAACCCGGCUGCUCCUGCAACUCCACGGCGGGUUAGCUCGCCUGAAGCAGGACGCCAGGGUGGCUGAGUUGCUGGACACCUGCUUGGGGCAGUAUCUCACUGCUCACCCGUUCCUAGCCCUCACCCUCAUGGUGUUCCUCGCCAUGGCCACAGUUCCGAUCGGUCUCUUCCUUAUGUUUGCCGCAGCCACCAUUCUUGCUGCCAGCGUCGGGGCUGUGAUACUGGAAGGGGUGGCUCUCUGCCUCGGGGGGGCUGCUCUCCUGUGUGUGCUUUGCUGCCUGGCUGUUGCCGCCUUCGUUGUGUCUGCCUUCCUCACUGCCGUAUACAUCACUGGCUCCACUCUGCUCCACCUGUACUACACCCAUCGCCUUUUGGAAAAGAAGCCGCCGACAAGCGGAAGCACAGAGGUGAAGAAAACUCAGUGAGAAACAUCAGCCUGUUUCCAACCGGGGCAGCGCCCCUGGCCGUCGCUAGACCCCUUUGACGGGGGCAGGUGCCCCAGUGAAAUCUCAUGAUCAAAUCAUAUGGGUAAUGGGGGGUGGGGGGGCUGUGCCCCAGUACAACUUUAUAUCUACAUUGCCCCCCCCCCCCGUCAGCAUCUUCUGCUGGACCUCUGUGUCCUAGGCCCUUUCUGACUGCCGUUUCACAAGCAGGAAGUGACACGCAUUGAGAAUUCCGCGGGGACGCCCCACUGGGGGGGGGGGGGGUUUCCCAGGAAUUCUGUAGUUAUUGCCAUUUAUUUUUCACAAACCUGAAUUGUCCAGAAACGAUUUGCUGGGUAGAUCAUUAUAGAGAUUUUUAAAUGAUAUAACUAGUGGAGUUGUUUUCAGGUUUUACUAAAAGGCUGUUUAUAUGUAAUUGGAAGUUAAAAGCCAGGCAGCAUUAUUUUACAGUAUAAAACUGUAAAAUAAAUCUUAGGUUUAUACCAUUGUUUUUAAUGUAGUUUUCAGGUCAAGUAUGGGGUUCAGUUUCUGAAUGUGCUGUGGAAUCCAGUUCUACUAAUAUGAAUCCAGUAUGUGGGAGUGUCGAUAUAAGAUCAGCAGUGAGGAGUGUCAGGGAUUUAGCCAAUGGAGAAUGUCAUUCACAUUCAUUUCAGACAGGACCUGCAAGUGUGAAGAGCUUUUACAGAAGUACAUUAAAGGAAAGAACAGAUGCAUUGCAAAGUGAUGUUAAAAUAUGGCCAGAACCCAAUUCUGAGUGUUUCUUAUUGUUGUAUGCAAAUGAAACCAUAACAGGUUAACUUGGGAAUGGCAUUUAAAAUGUCUGGUCCUCGGUCUGCUGCUGCGAGGGUGACUGUUGCACUAGUUACUAAACUGCCAUUCUUUGAAAAUUGUGUUAGUAAUUUUUUGAAAAAUUCUAUGGGUGCAAGACAUUUGCACUAAUGUUUUGGCUGCUAAGUUAUUAAAUUUCAGGGUGUUUUUUGACAAACAAAAACAAUCUAACAGUUGUUUCUCUGAUUACUUACAAACUCCAUUUACUUUGCCUGGUACAAAUUAAACUCCUGGAACUCAAAA